AUGUUGUCAAGCAAAGUUACCAACGACUCUCAUGGACAAGACUCGUCCUACUUUCUUGGAUGGCAAGAAUACGAGAAGAAUCCUUUCCACGAAACUCUUAACCCUAGUGGAAUUCUUCAAAUGGGUCUUGCUGAAAACCAGCUUUCGUUUGAUCUAAUAGAGUCGUGGCUUGAAGAGAAUCCAGGAGUCUUGGGUUUGAAGAAAAACGACGAGUCGAUGUUUAGACAAUUAGCUCUAUUCCAAGAUUACCAUGGCCUGCCGGCUUUCAAGGAUGCCAUGGCGAAAUUCAUGGGAAAAAUCAGAGGGAACAGAGUGAAAUUCGAUACCAACAAGAUGGUGCUCACUGCUGGAUCAACCUCGGCCAACGAGACUCUAAUGUUCUGUCUUGCUGAUCAAGGAGAUGCUUUUCUUAUCCCUGCACCUUAUUAUCCAGGGUUUGAUAGAGAUCUCAAAUGGAGGACGGGAGUAGAGAUUGUUCCUAUCCAUUGUGUAAGCUCAAAUGGGUACAAAAUAACGAAGGAUGCAUUAGAAGACGCUUACGAACGAGCUCAGAAACUUAACCUAAACGUCAAAGGAGUUCUCAUCACAAACCCUUCAAACCCUCUUGGAACCUCAACCACCCGUGAAGAGCUUGAUCUUCUUCUCACUUUCACAUCCACCAAGAACAUCCACAUGGUGAGCGAUGAGAUCUACUCAGGGACGGUUUUUGACUCUCCUGAGUUCACUAGCGUUCUAGAAGUGGCCAAGGACAAGAACAUGGAGUUUGAUAAGAAGAUCCAUGUUGUUUACAGUCUGUCCAAGGAUCUAGGCCUCCCUGGAUUUCGUGUAGGCUUAAUCUACUCAGACAAUGAGGAAGUGGUUUCAGCUGCUACCAAGAUGUCGAGUUUUGGACUCAUUUCUUCCCAGACUCAGCAUCUGCUAGCAAACUUGUUGUCUGACGAAAGGUUCACAACCAAGUACUUGCAAGAGAACAAGAAGAGGCUGAAAGAGAGAAGAGACAGGCUUGUUGAAGGUUUGAAGAAAGCUGGGAUCGGUUGUUUGAAGAGCAACGGGGGUUUGUUCUGUUGGGUUGACUUAAGACACCUUUUGCAAUCCAACACGUUCGAGGCCGAGCACUCUUUGUGGACAAAGAUUGUCUGUGAAGUCGGUCUCAACAUCUCUCCAGGCUCAUCUUGUCACUGCGAUGAGCCUGGUUGGUUCAGAGUCUGUUUCGCUAAUAUGUCAGAUGGAACGUUGGAGGUUGCUAUGGACCGUGUUCAUGGUUUUGUGGAGGCCAUGGUGAUGAAUACUAAGCAAAAAAGAACCAUGUGGGAUUCAAGGAGAAGAUCUCUGAUCAACAAAUGGGUCUCCAAGCUUUCCUCUGUUCAUUGUGAAUCAGAACGUUGA